UGCUGGGCUCCUCGGAGGAGUCGCUGGGCUCCUCGGACUCCGCAUGUUCACCGUGGGCGCCUCUGUGAGGGGCUCUUCGCGGUGCCGCGGGAAGGUAAAGGGACAGCGAAUACAGAUAGAAGCUGGCUGCGACAACAACAGCGACGAGUCCGACGAGGGAGCGCAUAUUCCCCAGAGUGUAAGGAAGCAAGAAGACGAAGAAGGCGUCACUUUUUGGCCUAAAUAUGCAACAAAUGGAGGUGGAAGAGGGAGUGUGGCAAAGGUGGCCCUGCUGGCAGGAGUGAAGUUUCAAAGUUCAGUCUGCAUACCAAAGAAACUGCCUGAAGAUUUCGACACGAUGGCUCAAUACACUCGUAUUUCGGGGGCUGUUGCCUUGAUUACACUUCAAAAUCCUCCCGUCAAUGCGCUCAGUGCACCGGUGAGGCAAGGCAUUGUUGACACGGUGCAGAGAGCACUCAGUGAGCCAGAGGUGAAGUCUCUGGUCAUAUGUGGCCAGGGUGGAAAGUUCUGUGGAGGGGCGGACAUCAAGGAGUUUGGGGGAAACAUCUCCGGUCCUCCGCUGAUACCGAUGAUCCAUGCCAUCGAGGCCUCAGUCAAGCCGGUGGUGGCAGCCAUAGAGGGGGUCGCUUUGGGCGGAGGCCUCGAGUUAGCACUUGGCUGUCAUUAUCGAAUCACACACUCUAAAGCCAAACUGGGGCUUCCAGAGGUGACUCUGGGUCUGCUGCCAGCUGCAGGGGGAAGCCAACGCCUGCCAAGGCUCAUCGGCGUGCCAGCUGCCUUAGACCUCAUCACCACAGGCCGCCAUGUGACUGCUGCAGAGGCCCUGCAGCUUGGAAUCGUGGAUCAAGUUACCGAUCGCAACACUGUGGAUGAAGCGGUGAAGUUUGCUUUAAGCGUCGCAGGACAGUCACUGGAUGCACGCCGCAUCAGCAAUUUGCCCUGUCCGCGCCUCUCUGAUUUGGACGGCGUGUUCGAACGGGUGAUGCAGAAGGUGCGUCAGAGCGCCCGUGGAGCCAUAGCACCGGUUGCAUGUGUCCAGGCGGUGCAUGCAGCUGCCACCCUCCCCUACGCUCAGGGCAUGGAGAGGGAGAAAGAGCUGAUGGCCACACUCUUCACCUCAGGCCAGGCACGUGCUCUGCAGUACUGCUUCUUUGCCCAGAGAGCCGUCGGCAGGUGGAGCGUGCCCAGCGGAGCCCGCUGGGACACUGUCAAGCCCAGGCCCGUACAUAAAGCAGCUGUCAUUGGUCUUGGCACCAUGGGAAGAGGUAUUACAGUGGCACUUGUACAGGCAGGGUUGUCUGUGGUUGCCGUGGAGACCCAUGCGAAGCAAUUGAUGGAGGCAAAGCAGGCGAUAUCAGGCAUGUUGGAGCGAGGCGCUAAGAGGCGCGGGGUGGCUCCUGCACUGGAUAAGAUCGGUUACAGCCAGACCCUCAAGUCUGUGGCGGAUGCAGAUCUCGUCAUUGAAGCUGUGUUCGAGGACAUGGGCCUGAAGAAGAGCAUCUUCCAGCAGAUGUCUGCCAUUUGUAAACCAGGCGCAUUCCUGUGCACAAACACUUCUGGGCUGGACAUUGACCAACUGGCCUCUCAAACCCGCAGUCCAGAGCUGGUGGUCGGGAUGCACUUUUUUGCCCCAGCCCAUGUCAUGAAGCUCCUGGAGGUGGUGCACGGGCCACGGUCAUCUCCGCAAGCUAUAGCCACUGCUAUGGAGCUGGGAAAGAAAAUGGGCAAAGUCAGCGUGGCAGUUGGAAACUGCCGGGGCUUUGUGGGAAACCGCAUGCUGAAACCAUACCUGGAACAAGCCUUCUUCCUGCUGGAAGAGGGAGCCACGCCUGAGUUGGUAGAUGGGGCGCUGGAGGAGUUUGGAUUUGCCAUGGGUGUGUUCAGAAUGUCUGACCUCUCUGGGCUCGACGUGGCUUGGAGAAUCAGAAAGGCAGAUGGACUGGCGGCACCAGAUAAAGGACAGUCAGCCAGAGUUCGACAAGGCCAAAGGUACAGCCCUCUUGGAGAUCUUCUCUGUGAGCAAGGGCGGUUUGGUCAGAAAACGGGCAGCGGAUGGUAUAAGUAUGACAAACCCGGCAGUCAGGUAGCUAAGUCUGAUCGUUGGCUGCACAGCUUUCUGGAGGAGUACCGAACCCGGCACGGCUUGGUCGGACGCCGGAUAGACCACCAGGAGGUGCUGGAGCGCUGCCUCUACGCCCUGAUCAACGAGGGCUUCCGCAUCCUGGAGGAUGGAAUAGCUGCAAGCCCUGAAGACAUCGAUGUUAUCUACCUGUUUGGCUACGGCUGGCCCAGGCACCGCGGGGGCCCCAUGUUCUACGCCAGCAUGGUGGGGCUGAGCAAGGUCCUGGAGAGGCUGGAGCACUACCACCAGGCUCACCCCGAUGUGCCCUACCUGCAGCCCUGCAACCUGCUCCGGAGGCUGGUGACCAGUGGCAGCCCACCCCUUUAUAAAUGGAGGGAAGUCAUCAAGAAACUCCACAGCCAGCUUUAAACAUCCACUUCAGCUUUAACAUCUUAAUACACUAAUCUUCAAAUCGCAUUAAUCUAAUUGGCUGGAAACUUUUCAACCGUAUAAUGAUUAAUUUUUCAUAUGUACACAGAAGGUACAUCCUCCUUGAGAGUGUAUUGAUUGUAUUUUCGUACGAUUGAUUUGUUGUUUCUUUUCUGUUUGAGGGGGUGGGCAGAAUAAGAGAAACAGCAUUCAAUGUACUGCAACUACAGCGAAGGUUGUAACAGCCAAACUAACCGCCUCUGUAUUACAGAACUAUCUGCAAUAAGCAAUUGAAUGUAUUUCAGAUCUUUUGUAAAGAAAUUUAUUCAAUUGCACAAAUGUUUAUAAAUACAUAUAUGGUAGAAUAUGAAAGAUACAAAUACAAUAAUGUGAGUUAAAUGUGAAUUGUGCCUUACUCAGUGAAGACAUUCAGGGUGGGGUUUGGGGUUCCUUUGAUUUUUGCAUGCUAUGACAAUAAUAAUAAUUUAAUACUCUGAUACCUCAAUAAAGACCUGUUGUAAUCAUAAA